AUGAGCAAUGGGUCCUGCUGCCUCAUCGAGGGGGACCCCAUCUCACAGGUGAUGCCCCCGCUGCUGAUCCUGGCCUUCGUGCUGGGCGCCGUGGGCAACGGCAUCGCCCUGUGCGGCUUCUGCUUCCACAUGAAGACCUGGAAGCCCAGCACCAUCUACCUGUUCAACCUGGCCGUGGCCGACUUCCUCCUCAUGGUCUGCCUGCCCUUCCGGACAGACUACUACCGCAGACACCGGCGCUGGGCCUUCGAGGACAUCCCCUGCCGGGUGGCGCUCUUCAUGCUGGCCAUGAACAGGGCCGGGAGCAUCGUCUUCCUGACGGUGGUGGCCGUGGACCGCUACUUCAAAGUGGUCCACCCCCACCACGUGCUGAACACCAUCUCCAACCGCACGGCGGCCGGGAUCGUGGGCGCCCUCUGGACCCUGGUCAUCCUGGGGACGCUGUACCUGCUGACGGAGAACCACCUGUGCAUUCAAGACCAGACCAUCGCUUGCGAGAGCUUUAUCAUGGAGUCGGCCAAUGGCUGGCAUGACAUCAUGUUCCAGCUCGAGUUCUUCCUGCCCCUCGGCAUCAUCCUGUUCUGCUCUGUCAGGAUGGUCUGGAGUCUGAAGCAGCGGCAGCAGCUGGCCAGGCAGGCUCGGAUGAAGAAGGCGACCCGGUUCAUCAUGGUGGUGGCGGUGGUGUUCAUCACGUGCUACCUGCCCAGCGCGGCGGCCAGACUGUAUUUCCUCUGGACGGUGCCCUCCAGCGCCUGCGACCCGUCGGUCCACGUCGCCCUCCACGUCACCCUCAGCUUCACCUACAUGAACAGCAUGUUGGACCCACUGGUGUAUUACUUUUCCAGCCCCUCCUUCCCCAAGUUCUAUACCAAGCUCAAAAUCCGCAGUUUGAGGCCCAAGCGUCCGGAACGCGUGGGGACCCGGAAGCCCGAGGAGGUGCCCAUCUCGAACCUCGGUGGCAAGGGCUGCAUCGGCGCCGUCAGCAGCUUCCCAAGACCAUCGGACCUGCAGUGGGAUCUCCAGGGGUGCUGAACUGCGCCAGAAUAAGCAAACUCAAAUGCAAGGACG